CUUUAUUUUGAAGGCGAGUUGCUCUCUCCUCUAGUUUCCGGCAGGCUCCGCACGACAGUCAGACGCCCGCUCGUUUACACACGAGACAGCUUUGCGUGUUUCAGCGCUCCAAGUUUGGUGUUUCUUCCCACAAAGUGCCUUGGAAACAUUGUAAGUCCUGUGUCUGUUUUAUGAGUGACAUGAAGACGUUGUGUGUGCGUGUAAAUGUAGAAAUAGUACUGUGCAACAAUAGCUUGUUCUACUGUUUAGCUUGUUGCUACUUAGCAUGCAGCUUCUUUGCUCGCUAGCUCACUCCUCUGAGGGAGGGUGCAAUGUUUGGAAAUGUCAAUCUUAUUCAUGUGUGGCUUUGAGUCUUACAUGGGCUAUUUACAUCACUUUAUGAGCACUCUUUACAUGCUAUUGUGUGAAAACAUGUUAUGCAGCAAACAUUUAUGGAAAUGUAGUUACUUAGUAGUGUUUAUUUGACAUUUAGUUUGUGUCUCUUUAUACAGUUUUACAACAAAAAAGAGAAGAUAAAAGCAAAAAUACAUUCAAGGAAAAGAGAAAACAAAGAACGAAAUGACCAAUUAGACAAGAAGAAAGGAAAAGUGCAUUCUCCGUGAAAACCACUAAAGCUUCUUAAAGAUUUCCUUGGGAUCUUCAUGUUAGCUAUCUGUCAACUUGUUUACGUCACAGACACGUAGGACGGAAUACUAUUUAAGAGUUUUUGUACUUUUAACCAUUUUCCCACAUUCAAUUGAUAAUUUGAAAGCCAAUUAGAAAAUGUUUUUACUUUCAUAAAUCAAUAUUUAUGCAAAACAUUUUUUGCUUGCAGUAUAAUAAUGUUUACAAACAUUUAUAUGUUACUAUCAUCUAUAUAUAUGUCAAAUGUGAUCUCUUUUAUUGUGAAUGGGGACAUCUCCACACCCUUAGACAUGUUUGUCAACACUAUUAUGCUGCAAGCAACAAUUUUUAUACAUAUAUGUCGAUUUCUGAAGUUAAAACCUCAAUCAAUCAAUCAAUCAAUGUUUAUUUAUAUAGCCCUAAAUCCCAAGUGUCUCAAAGGGCUGCACAAGCCACAACGACAUCCUCGGUACAGAGCCCACAUAAGGGCAAGGAAAAACUCACCCCAGUGGGACGUCGAUGUGAAUGACUAUGAGAAACCUUGGAGAGGACAAGACCUACAUGUUUUUUAAUUGGCUUAAUGGUUUCAAAUUACCAUUUCAAUCUUGGACAAUGAUUAAAAGUACCAAAUACCUUCAAUUGGGUUAGGGUUAGGGUUGGGGUUAGGGUUAGGUUUGGGGGUAGGUUUUAGGCCCCCUGGAUGUCUGGUGCCCAAUUUGGAGAUCCAAAGGAGCUCCGCCCGGUGGCGUUGGGCGAGGCUCCAUUUGGGAUCCGUCUCUACGACAGUCGCCCGGACGGAAGACCACCCGUGUCGGAGAAAAUGCUGCACCAGGCCCCCUGGAUGUCUGGUGCCCAAUUUGGAGAUCCAAAGGAGCUCCGCCCGGUGGCGUUGGGCGAGGCUCCAUUUGGGAUCCGUCUCUACGACAGUCGCCCGGACGGAAGACCACCCGUGUCGGAGAAAAUGCUGAACCAGACUAUGAAGGGCCUCGACUUCUCCGCGUGUCAAAUUGGGAGCGACCGCAGGUGCGCAACCCGAACCGGACAUGGAGAGCCCGUCGGACCGGACCAUAGCCUGGAAUUCCGGAGGCAUAAGUCCAGGCCCCCUGGAUGUCUGGUGCCCAAUUUGGAGAUCCAAAGGAGCUCCGCCCGGUGGCGUUGGGCGAGGCUCCAUUUGGGAUCCGUCUCUACGACAGUCGCCCGGACGUAAGACCACCCGUGUCGGAGAAAAUGCUGAACCAGACUAUGAAGGGCCUCGACUUCUCCGCGUGUCAAAUUGGGAGCGACCGCAGGUGCGCAACCCGAACCGAACAUGGAGAGCCCAUCGGACCGGACCAUAGCCUGGAAUUCCGGAGGCAUAAGUCCAG